AUGGAUUCCGUUCUUUUCACGCGAUUUGCUGAUAGGCUAUCACUUAAUCGCAAAUGGAUUGAGACGGCGCAGUUCUCUGCUGUCGACGCCGAAAUGUGUCUCGCCAUGGCUUUAUGCUCUGACAUAGAACGCUUGAAGAUACAAAUCUCAGACGAUCGAAUUAUGGGUAAAUCAAUGCAUUUCGAACUCUUGUAUACCCUCCUGGAUAAAUUCAAACAUGAGAAAAUCCUCCCGAACCUUCGACAUGUUGAUAUCGACAAAUCUGAAUGCUUCAAGUUCAGCCUCUGUGAUCCAGAGCCAAUCCUUCUUAUGCGUGCUGCACCUCGUCUUGAGACACUGAUCCUCCGAGGUCCUGGGGGCGAGACAUACGCUGAUCAGAAUAGCGACUCGGAUAUACAGGAAUUCUGUUCUGGAGUCAGGAACAUCACCGAGUUUCAGAUUCUCGGCCUACCAUUCUUUACAGGUAGUACAGGUAGUUGGCAAACUCUUGAACUAGAGCGAAUUCUCGGGGCAGCUCAGAAUCUUAACACGUUCAAGUUUGUCAGUGAUGUUAAUCGAGUUCCUCAGCCCACGAACUCAAAGACAUUGCAGCGCCUCAGUCUGAACUUGGACAGCAGGUUGGAACCCAGUCAACGUAACCUAAAGAAACCCCAACCCAUUACACCCCAACAGAUCAAGCAAUUUACAAACCUCACAACCCUCGAAGUCGAUUCCUCAUGCUAUUACAGCCAUACGGUCCAACGAAAUAGAGACGGAGUUAUCGUUGAGCAAGAAACAUACCUAGUCGACUUUCUCCCGCAGGCAGUUCAAAAUUUGACCAUCUUCUUCAAUAAGUCGGCGAGGUAUGAGAUUAUGGAUGAUAUUACUUAUCUAGGGCAGCGCGCUGUUGCUGAGGAUUUUCCGAAGCUGAAGAGGGUUCAGAUUGAUGCCCCUAUUCGAUAUACAAUGCCUGGGAGUGAUAGCUGGGAUGAUGAUUGGGAUAAUGAGCAGCUGGCGAAACUGUCGGCGGAAAUGGAUGUGCGCAAGGAGGAGUUUCAGGAGGCGUUUGUUGGGUCGGGUGUUGACACGCAGUUUAGGACAUGGUAUAUCUGGGAGGAAGGAUGGUUAUGA